AACAGACAGCAGACAGUGACCGUGAAGCGGUGAGCCGCUGUGGAUAACCGGCUGGUGGCUUCCAGAAGAGAUAGAUGCCACCUCUAUGUGGGCACCUAGGAGAAAUGACUCGCACACAGUGCUCACAGCAGCCAGGAGCUGCGUGCCCUGAGAUUUGAGGUGGUGGAAUCUGUCAGCAGAAUGUCUCCUCUCCCUGCGAGCGAAGCCCAGGCCACCAAGAUGCGCACUACCACCAGGCCCAUGAAAGUGCACACGACCCACUAGCUGGAGCCGCGGGGCCACGGGGCCACGAUGGUGUGCUAGGCAGCGGCGACCUCGGCUUCCACAGACUUGGGACCUGCAGGUGCAGAGCCACCGUGGAGAGGCCAGGGUAUCACAAACUGAUGGAUUUUGACAAGAAAGGAGGGAAAGGGGAGCUGGAAGAGGGCCGGAGAAUGUCUAAGACUGGCGGGGGCCGCAGCGGCCACGGCGUUCGGAGCUCAGGGACCAGCUCGGGGGUCCUGAUGGUGGGCCCCAACUUCCGAGUCGGCAAGAAGAUAGGCUGCGGCAACUUCGGGGAGCUCCGCCUAGGAAAGAACCUCUAUACAAACGAGUAUGUGGCUAUCAAACUGGUGAGACCUGUUCGACCUGUGCGACCGAACCUUCACGCUGAAGACGGUGCUCAUGAUCGCCAUCCAGCUGGUGCGCUGGAGGGGUGGGGCGGCUCCAGCAAGAGUCUGACUCCGCCCACAGAGGGCGUCCCUCAGGUCUACUACUUCGGCCCUUGCGGGAAGUACAACGCCAUGGUGCUGGAGCUUUUGGGGCCCAGCCUAGAGGACCUGUUCGACCUGUGCGACCGAACCUUCACGCUGAAGACGGUGCUCAUGAUCGCCAUCCAGCUGAUAACUCGCAUGGAGUACGUGCACACCAAGAGCCUCAUCUAUCGGGAUGUGAAGCCAGAGAACUUCCUGGUGGGGCGUCCGGGGACCAAGCGGCAGCACUCCAUCCACAUCAUCGACUUCGGGCUGGCCAAGGAGUACAUCGACCCCGAGACCAAGAAGCACAUCCCGUACCGCGAGCACAAGAGCCUCACGGGCACAGCGCGCUACAUGAGCAUCAACACGCACCUGGGCAAGGAGCAGAGCCGCCGCGAUGAUCUGGAGGCUCUGGGCCACAUGUUCAUGUACUUCCUGCGUGGCAGCUUGCCCUGGCAGGGGCUCAAGGCUGACACGCUCAAGGAGCGGUACCAGAAGAUUGGGGACACCAAGCGCGCCACGCCCAUCGAGGUGCUGUGUGAGAGCUUCCCAGAGGAGAUGGCCACGUACCUGCGGUAUGUGCGGCGUCUGGACUUCUUCGAGAAACCAGACUAUGACUACCUACGGAAGCUCUUCACUGACCUCUUCGACCGCAGCGGUUUUGUGUUCGACUAUGAGUAUGACUGGGCUGGAAAACCCCUGCCCACGCCCAUUGGCACCGUGCACUCCGACCUGCCCUCCCAGCCCCCGCACCGGGACAAAGUCCAGCCCCACAGCAAAAACCAGGCGCUGAACUCCACCAAUGGAGAGCUGAACGCGGAUGAUCCCACCGCAGGGCAUUCCAACGCCCCCAUCACGGCCCCAGCGGAGGUUGAAGUGGCUGAUGACACCAAGUGCUGCUGUUUCUUCAAGAGGAGGAAGAGAAAAUCCCUACAGCGGCACAAGUGACCCAGGCACUCUUGGCAUGUGACUGUCCUCGAUGCUGCCCUCGGGCCAACUUGUCCCCGAGGCUGUGGGCCACCCACAGGCUGGCCAGGCUGGCCAGCGACUCGCCGCAGCCCAAGUCAGACUGCGGGCCACUUGGCCCAGACGUGGGUCCCUUCCUUCACGUAAGACUUUGGCCGAAAUUUCUACACCUGUGUCUAGUCCUCCCCUCUGAGAGCAUUAACUAUUUAAACAAGGAACAAAGGAACCCAGAGGCCCGCUGCCCUCCCCGUCUGCCGAGUGAGUAGUGAGACUGGGCUGGGUGCCACCGCCGCCCGUUAGCCUCAUAAUGUCCACCUUGUCUCCCUUGAUCCAAAGGCCAUUUCCUUGAGAGGGCAGGGGCAGGCCCAGCCCAGGAGGGGUGUUCGGUGAGCUGGCUGCCCCACGAAGGGGGCUCUGGCACUGCUGCAGGGUGAGACCGGCUCGGUCCAACCCCAGACCAAAGGGGAAGGUGGGGCGGGGCGCAGUCCGGCUGGAGCCAGCCCCCCAACCAAAAUGCUGCACCAAAGCUGGGCCGGAGCGCAGCCCUGUGCUGGAGAGUGCACCUGCUCCCGGAGGCACCCUGGCCCCUCGGCUGGGCGUCCACUGCCCCUGCCCAGGAUCUGGGCCGUGUGGGCUCUCUCUGCACCAGCUGCAGCUGGGGCUUCUGGUCUCCGCGCUGCUGCCAGUGGGGCACAGCAGCGGGAGCCGAAUCGCCUUAAAGCCCUGCACCCUGUGGGUGUUGCUGGCGGGGCAGCCACAGAGCCGGGUGGCGACCCCUGCAGGGCCUGGGAAACUGCCAGGUGGGUGCGGCGCCCACUUCCAGGGUGGUGGUCAUUCAGGCAUAGUUCUUGCUUUACAAAGUGUACAGAAAUGGCAUUUACGUUUCUCUGACGCUUCCUUGAAGCCAUAGAAUUUAGGGGCUUUUUUAAGAAAAUAAAAAAAAAAA